AUGGUUUUAAGACACUUGGUUAUCUGUGUUGACUCUACCCAGAGAUAAAACAUGGAACUAUUCACUUCAACUGCUAAAUAUGAAACUGAUGUCUAUAAUUUCACAGAUGAAUUGAUAACUGAUACAACUGACUAUGGGUCUGAGUCCAGUGGAUUAUGCAACAAAGAAUAUGUGCGGCAGUUCAGCAAGUCCUACGAGCCCCCGCUUUAUUGGAUCAUCUUUGUUGUGGGGGCUUUGGGCAACCUACUUGUUGUCUGCAUAUUCACAACAGUGCGAAACCGCCUCAAAACCAUGACUGAUGUCUACCUGCUGAACCUGGCAGUGGCUGACCUUCUUUUCCUUGGUACAUUGCCCUUCUGGGCAACAAAUGCCGCCCAGGGUUGGGUGUUCAGCUCGAUCAUUUGCCAAGGAGUGUCUUCAGUCUACAAGAUCAACUUCUUUGCCAGCAUGCUCUUACUCACAUGCAUUAGCGUGGACCGAUAUAUCGCCAUUGUCCACGUAACCGAAGCUCACAACUACAAAAAAAAACGCAUGUUGUAUAGUAAAAUAACUUGUGUGUUUGUGUGGGUUGCCUCUUGCCUCUUAGCUCUACCAGACUUCAUCUUCGCCAAAGUAAAAACCUUUGAGUUUCAGCCCAAUUCUUGUGUCCUGAUGUACUCGACCUCAGACAAGAAUCAAACCAAAAUCCUGGUGUUUGCUCUGCAAAUCUGUGUUGGCUUCCUUCUCCCCCUUUUGGUCAUUGUAAUAUGCUACUCAGUCAUUAUCCGUAAACUCAUGCAGGCUCGAAACUUUGAAAAACACAAAGCCCUGAGGGUCAUCUUUGCAGUUGUGGCAGCUUUUGUUCUCUCCCAGUUGCCAUUCAAUGGGUAUCUGAUCAUAGAGGCUGCCCAAGCUAAUAACGCCACAAUAACAGACUGCGAUGUCAUGCAGAGUUUAGAUAUGGCUGGACAAAUUGUGAAGUGUCUGGCCUACACACACUGCUGCUUGAAUCCCAUCCUGUAUGCCUUUAUUGGGGUUCGCUUCAGGAAGGAUCUCUUGAGCCUGAGUCACCGUCUGUCUUGUGGGCUGGGACUGGUCAACAACAGCAAAUUGCAACCAGUUCCUAAGAGGCCUUCUAUUAUGUCCGACACAGAUACCACCCCAGUUUUUUCAUUAUAGACCAGGCCGCCAUUUCAAAAUCUACAUAUACAUCUACAGAUUAUGUCUUUAGCAUGUUAAUGGAGUUAUAUUUUCUGCUUGUCCCUAUAACAAUGGCCCUUCUACAAACAAACAUUAUUGGGCAAGGCCUGGGUAAUAUGCUUCAUUGUAGUAUUACUCCAAUAUUUUCUCAAAGUACAUGAUGGGAGAUUGCAAAGAUUUUGUAUAUAGUUUGUACCUGAGCAUUCUACACUCAUUGGAUUUGGGAAAGAUGAUUAGAGGGGUGUAAUAGCUUGUGUAGCUGUAUUACUAUGUUUUCCAUACUUUUUUUGAAGUCUAUUAAAAUCAUUGUAUAAAAUUGUAAAUAGAUGUUGAGAAAAUGUUGUACUUGUUUAUGUUUUAUGCAUGUACAAUUUGUAUUUUUAAAUAAACUGAUA